AAAGCUUUGCCGUAGAUGAUACGUAGGUGCGUACUAAACAGACUUACGUGUAUGUCACUGCAGUUCCAAAUUCUGAUUAGUAAAAAAAUAUAUAAUUCCAGUUGAAAUUUACUGCAAUUCGUUGUCAGCAGAAAUCAUAAAUGGAUUCACUGUUGCAAAACGUUACUGUUUUAAAAUAUCAGCAUGAAGACUUUGGUGAAUUAACAUAUGUUGAAACUGUGUGAUAUGGUUAAGUUGUUUUGAAGGGAAUAGUUUAUUAGUGCACUUAUGGAAAAUAUAAGUGAAGAGGCUGUAGCAACUAAUGACUUAGUUAGAAAUAAUUGUGUGAAAAGAACAUAUGUGCCUGAUCUAAAGGAUGAAGACAUAGAAGAAGACCAUGAAUCUUUAGAGUAUGAAGAGGACUGCUAUUAUUCUUAUGUAGCAGAAUCAGGGGCACCCAGUUUUGGUCAUUGUUGGCCUGAAGAUGAAAAUUUUGUUGAAAAUUUACCCCUAUCUCGUCUAGAUGAUUCAUUGGCACCAGAAAUAGACCCCUUUUGUGUUGAAGCUGAAUUUUAUUCUAAACCUGCCAGCAAAAAAUCAAGAAGUGUGAGAGUGACAUUUCAAGACCUUUCAAAACCAUACUUGGCAAAAGUCAGCAGUCCUCACAACUACAGACGUUUCUUGCAGUUAGUGAAAGCUGAGGAGGCAGCAACUGACAUGUCCCCAGAUUCUGGUAUCAAUGAACUACAUGGAUUGACCCCAGAGGAGCAGGAGCGCCAAUGUCAGGAAUGGCAGCAGGAACUUGUAAAGGUUGAAGAGGAAAUCCAAACACUCCGCCAAGUUCUUGCAUCCAAAGUGAGGGUGUCUCAAGAACUGAAGCGGAAGCUAGGCAUUAGUGUUUGGAAGGAAUUUCAAGAUGACAUGUCGCAGGGUAUUCGCAACGUCAAGGAGUCCAACGUAUAUCAGAAUGUUGAAGGCAAGAUAGGACAAAUUAGCAAAGCAGUCAUAGACGCACCUAUCUACCAGAAAACAGAAUCUGUAAUUAAAACAACAGCAGAGAAAACUACGACUCUUCUGGGUGGAUUUGGCUCAACUGUAACCUCGAAGUUUGGCCAGCUCAAGAAUUCAGAGUCAUUCCGCUCUUUUGAAGAGAAAGUUGGCUCAGCAUAUGAGAAUGUCAAGACAAAGGUUGUGACAUCACGCUCCAACUCCACACAGAGCUUUGAUGAAGUUCUGCGAGAAUUGGAAGCAAAUCGCAAAGCCAACAAUGGAUCAGUGGUCACUCCAGCAACUACUCCUACCAUACCAGAAGACAGGCCUCUCUCCUAAGCACUUUACGAACUUCUGGUGCCGCUUGCAAACACUGAAUUUGGCAGGUGAAUCUCUUGCAUCUUAACUCAUGUUUGGUUGAAUGAAUGUGAUGCAGGGAGUUUACAUUUCCAGCAUUAAUUUUCAUAAUAAAGUAAUUUAUAAUUUUACUGAAAUA